GAGGGUCGCACCGUCAGAUCUUGCGCGGAACAUUGCCGUAGUGGGCAGAGACGGUAUAGUACAGAAUGGCUCUGACUUUGGUUACCGUAAGACUUGUCAAAUUCCUGGCGGUGUACCUGGCUCUCAGCACGGCUUUCCUAGUCGCCAAGAUCACGUCGGUUUUCCUGAACAUUGUCUCGCCCGACGCGAAGAAGAGACUUUUUCAGCGCGUCAUGGCGAAGGACAAAGUGAUGUGCCCAGACGGGGACAGGUAUCAGAUCGAAGAAUUUCUGACGCUGAAUUCUUACAAGUCGCUGCUGUAUUCCCAGGUUGUUGGGAUUUUCAAGGUGGUAGGGAAAGGUCGACCGGCGGCGGACUCGGCUCUGGUGCGGCUGGACGGGCGGACGGACACCACGCUGCUGAGUUACGCUUCCGGCAGCCGGCCGCUCGUCGUCUGCUUCGGUAGCUACACCUGCCCUCCCUUCCGUGACGCCCUGUCGGACUUUGCCGCGCUGGCAGAAGACUAUCGGAACGCCGCCAACUUUCUACUAGUGUACAUAGAGGAGGCCCACCCGUCCGACGGCUGGUGUUUCCACAGCGGGCCGCAGAUCCGGCAGCACCGCACGGUGGAGCAGCGCUGCGACGCCGCCAGGGCCAUGCUGCACGACCGGCGGGGACUCGGCUUCGACGUCGCGGUAGACACGAUGCGGAACGCCGCUAACCACACGUACGGCGCCUUCCCGGACAGACUCUACAUCAUACACAACGGCGUGAUCGCACAUGAAGGCGGCAAGGGACCAUUUCUCUUCAACCCGGCCGAGGUUCGCCACUGGCUGAACCAACAUUUGAACGCACUGGACAAUAACAAUAACAAGAACAACCGGAAGUGAGUCUGUACCAGACAAAACUUUCUAACUUUUUAAAAAUUAUUAUUACGUAUUUAAGCGACAUUUUUUAAGAGAAGUGUUCCCUUUCUUCAACAUACAAGUGUGAGUUUACCAAACACUCAUCCAAUCUAUAUGUUGUUUUCUUGACUCUUGUGCAAUGUGCAAGUAUGAAGGCAUUUUGUACAUGUACGCUCGACACUUUGUACAUACAGUACAGUAAGGUACAGUGGAUUAUUAUGUAUUUUUAAAAGCGAGAUUCAAAGAGACAUGUUCCGUUUCUUGACUAUACAAGAGUGAGUGCAAAUAUCAAACAUUCAUCCAACCUAUAUGUUCUUGACCCAUGUUCAAUGUAGAUACUUUGAACAUACAGUACAUGCUCGACACUUUGUACGUACAGUACAUGCUCGACAUUUUAU